CCGGUCCGGCCGGGGGAAAUUGGCAGAAAUCCCUCUGCUCCCACCGGUCUGCAGGGAUGGGAACGCGGAGGCGCUGGAGAUCCUCCUGGGUGCGGGGAGAGGAGGUCGGAGUCCCUGAGCGGUCGUUAAUCCACAAAUAGAUAUUUCAGAUGGGAGCGUUUUACGCUGCAAGUCCUGAUACGGGUUUAGGAAUAUAUCUGGUUUUCAAAGCUGAUGAGCGCCUGCGACUUCCCUUUGGUUCGGGAGCAGGCUCGCUCUGUAGCCGGUCUUGGAUUUUUGCCAUGAUGUAUUCUGAGCAAGAUUAUAGACUAAUGCCUGAGGAAAGCACUGAGAUCCCUGCCUUCUGGAGCAGCAUAUGCCUGAUGAGUCCAUGGCGUCCAGGGUGUGCUGAGACUCCCUGGACUCAAGUCACUCGACAGUAACCAGCUGCAUGAUGCAGCGGCUAGGAAUAAUCUGGGAGAGCCCAGAGAAGGAGAUGGCGCUUGUCCCAGUGGGACGGGAUCUUUGCCGCAACAAGGGAUGACGAACAGUGGGUUGAAGCUACAGUCGUUCCCUUUCCCUCUCCUGGGAGAAGGGAGAGGACUAGAUGCAUACGGCUGAGUUUUGCAGCAGGGCCAAGUGGGUAGUAAAGCUGAACUGCAGGGCACAUCCCUCAGUUUCCCCUUCUGUGCAGCCAUCCUAAGAUGGUAGCCUCAAUAUUUGCUUUUCCUCCUCCUUUGUUGUUUCCUUCUUCCCACUGCUCCCCUACCCUGGGUAAAAAUAUCAGGUCUUGACUUCCCUGACUUUGCCAGGCAGCAGGGAAUGCAGUUGCACAGGACAUUGAACCAUGAGUCCCUAUGCCCUCACAUGAGGCAAAGAGAGUCAUUGUGCCAGAUUUUCAGUGGGUUGGACAGCUGUCUUUUGAUGAGUUAAUAUUUAACUACUCCCACUGCCAUCUUCCCAGCUUGCCCCAGCAUAUUGUCCAUCUUAUCUCAGAGUAUAGGAAAGGCCCAUAUUUCUCAUACCAGUUUUCAAGGGCACAGCUCUGUGAACACAUUACCACAUAGUAAACGGAGGCUGGGAGUUCCUCCAUCGGGACUGCCGCAUGCCCGCAGCAACAGUCUUGUUGUGCUGUUGUGCUGCAGCAACAGGAGGUAGCUUGUCCCUAAUGAAAGCAAGAUAAAAUGCCUCGCCCUGACCUUGUGCACCACAGAGGAGCUAAUGCUCUGUUUGCUCACCCUUUAGCUUUACUGAAUCUGCUGCUCCAAUACUCAUGAGUGACUUCUUGGCUAAAGGGGAUGGGAGGGAACUACGGCUCGAGCCUGGCCAGGGAGCGCAUUUUGGCAGCAUGGAGAGGAAGUGGCGAAAGGAAAGGGGAAGCUUUCUGGGAGAAGCCAGAGCUUUCGUCGCAAUAUAAGAAAGAAACGUACCUCGAAGCAAGGCUGCUCUCAUCAAGAGCCAAAGCAAAGCCCUGGCUGGUUAAGAGCUAUGGAGUUGCAGCUCCAGAGGUAUUACCCCUGCCUGCUGCCUGUUGUUUCAGAGGCCUGUGAGAAUGCUGUGCAACACAGGUUUAACUGGAGCGAGCUGAUCCCCCCACGGCUGUGGGGCCGGAACCUGGGCCUGCAGGCGGAGAGCUCGGAGUUCCUCCUGGAGGGCAUGCCCUUUCGCAUAUUUGGGGGCUCUGUGCACUAUUUCCGUGUCCCCAAGGAAUACUGGCAAGACCGCCUCAUCAAGAUGAAGGCCUGCGGCUUGAACACCCUCACCACGUAUGUACCCUGGAACCUUCAUGAGCCAGCCAGAGGGAAGUUUGACUUCAGUGGAAACCUGGAUCUGGAGGCUUUCCUAACCAUGGCAGCUGAUGUUGGUCUGUGGGUGAUUCUGCGUCCAGGACCGUAUAUCUGCUCUGAAUGGGACCUUGGUGGCCUGCCCAGUUGGCUUCUGCAAGACCCCAACAUGCAACUGAGGACAACCUACAAGGGCUUCACAGAGGCUGUGGAUGCCUAUUUUGACCACCUAAUGGCCAGGGUGGUCCCUCAUCAGUAUAAGAAGGGGGGGCCCAUCAUUGCACUGCAGGUGGAGAAUGAAUAUGGCUCCUACGCCAAAGACCAUCACUACCUGACCUACAUUAAAAUGGCCAUGCUAAACCGAGGAAUCGUGGAACUGUUAAUGACAUCUGACAACAAGGAUGGGCUUUCCGCUGGCGUUGUGGAAGGAGCUCUGGCCACUGUUAACUUCCAGAAACUUGAGCGUGACCUCCUGACCUACUUGGACACAAUACAGAAAAAUAAGCCAAAGAUGGUGAUGGAGUUUUGGACUGGCUGGUUUGAUAGCUGGGGAGGCCCUCAUAAUAUCUUUGAUGCAGAUGAGAUGGUGAUUACUAUAGGAAACGUCCUCAAAAUGGGAGCAUCUAUCAACCUGUACAUGUUCCACGGGGGCACCAACUUUGGCUUCAUGAAUGGUGCAGUGCACUUUGAGGAGUACAAGCCUGACAUCACCAGCUACGACUACGAUGCAGUGCUUGCAGAGGCUGGAGACUACACAUCUAAGUACUUCAAGCUCCGUCAACUCUUCAGCACCGUCAUAGGGCAGCCUCUGCCCCUCCCUCCACUGGUUGCAAACAAGGCAUCCUAUGGCACAGUCAUGCUGCACCAGUGUAUCUCUCUGUGGGAGGCACUGCCAUCUAUCGCAGAGCCUAUUAAAUCAGAGUUCCCGGUGAACAUGGAGAACCUGCAAGUGAAUGAUGGUAACGGGCAGUCCUAUGGGUACGUGCUCUACGAGACCGUCAUCUCUGGCGGGGGGCAGCUGAAUUCGGGGGACCACAUCCGGGACCGAGCCCAGGUGUUUGUUAACACUUUGUUUAUUGGCUACCUUGAUUACAACACAGUGGAGCUGACCAUCCCUGAAGGACAGGGGUUCAGGCAGCUCAGGAUCUUGGUAGAAAAUUGUGGACGUGUCAAUUAUGGACCUUUGCUGAAUGAGCAGCGGAAAGGCUUAAUUGGUGACGUCUUCCUGGAUAAAACCCCCUUGAGGAACUUCAAGAUUUACAGUCUGGAGAUGAAGCCCAGCUUCAUAGAAAGCCUGCGAAGUGCUGCUGGCUGGAGCGCGAUCCCGGAUUACAGUGUGGGGCCCACGUUCUUCCGAGGGAGACUGACUGUGCAGCAGCUGCCUCAGGACACUUUCUUGAAGCUUGAGGGCUGGGAAAAAGGGGUCGUGUUUGUCAACGGGCGGAACCUGGGACGCUACUGGAAAAUUGGACCUCAGGAAACGCUGUACCUUCCCGCGACGUGGCUAUGGCCAGGGAACAAUGAGAUUGUCGUGUUUGAAGAGCACACAGCGGGCCGCAUUGUGCAGUCUGUAGACACGCCUUUCCUCGGAAGGACCCAGUACGUGGACUGAGCAGGAGGGCUCCCUUCUGUUCUUUUUUUGUGGACGUUCCCAGUUUUUUAUACCCAGGAUGUGACAGCUCAGACACAGUCGGGCUUGUUCAUUUUCCCAAGACCCACGGAAAGGAUUUGCUCUUUGGCAACGAGGUUGGGAGGCAGAUUGCACACCCAGGGAGUUGAAUCCGUCAGAGAGGCGGAAGCUCCUGUAGCUACACUGUGAAGAGUUCAAUAUGCCAGACGGCCCCUGGCUGGGAUCCCUUUCUGUGGUGUUAUGGACAAUCCCGUCGAGGAGAGUGGGCGGGUGGGUCCCGCCUGCGUGCAGGAUGAGCCCAGCUGUUCUGAGCCUGUGUGUGUUACACUGGGGCACCUCCUUUUUUGUGAUUAGAAAGGGAAGAAAAAUUGGUGAUAAAUACUAAAGAAUAACCAGAUAUGGAAAACACUAGCUGGGUGAGCUCUCAAGCAGAACUGACCCCACCGUUGUGUGUAGAGAGGGUUUUAUUGGUUCAGUUGUUGGAAGCAGGUUGAAUGUAACUGAGUUAACUUUUAGCUUUUUCCAUUAAUUUUUAAUAUUGAGGUUGUCUCUCUCUUUUGGGGGGGAAAAAAAAAUUUGUAACAAGUUA